AUGAGUUGGAAGGGCUUUCAGAAGACGGUGACGCGGGCGCCGCAAACGUUUAAACAAAAAUUCAACAUGGGCGAAAUCACAAAGGAUGCCGUCUACAUCGAUGCCGAGCGCCGUUUUGCCGAUUUGGAGCGCGAGACCAAGAAGUUGCACGACGAGAGCGAAAAGUACUUCCACGCCAUCAACGGCAUGCUCGACCACCAGAUUGGUUUCGCAAAGGCCUGCGCCGAAAUCUACAAGCCCAUUUCCGGCCGAGCCAGCGAUCCGGACUCGUACGUGAUUGACGGCAAUCCCGAGGGCAUCAGAGCGUGCGAGGAAUACGAGGCCAUAGUCCACGAUCUCAAGGCCAGUCUGGCUCCCGAGCUCGACAUGAUUGAGAGUCGCAUCGUCAAGCCCGCCGACGAGCUCUCCGAAAUCAUCAAGGUCGUGCGCAAGGCCUGUCUCAAGCGAGACCACAAGCAACUCGACUACGACCGACACAAUGCCACCCUCAAGGCCCUCAUGGACAAGAAGGAAAAGUCGCUCAAGGAUGAAAAGGCCCUCUACAAGGCGGAGAACAGUGUCGAAGUCGCAACACAGGAAUACGAAUACUUCAACAACCUCAUCAAGGAAGAGCUGCCCGAGCUGUUCCGCCUGGAGAGGGAGUUCAUUCUGCCCCUCUUCCAGUCCUUCUACUACAUGCAACUCAACGUCUUCUACACCCUGCACGAGAAGAUGCAGAGCAUCGACAUUGGAUACUUCAAUCUCACCCUCGAUAUUGAGGAUGCUUUCCAAGAAAAACGUGGAGACAUCCAACAGCAAGUCGAGGGUCUCGCAAUCACAAAGUUCAAAACAACAGGCGGCCCACGGAAACCUCUCAAAUAUGGAAGCAAACUCGCCCUCGAGAACGGCAAGCCUGGUGGUAGACUCGCAAUAGAAAACGGAACGGCCGGCGACACCUCGCCCGCUCGAAGAUUCAGCUCCGAUCACCCACCUCCCGCUUACUCCACCGGUCUAACCGCAGAAUCGGAUCUCGGACGAGCCAACAGCACAGGAAGCAAUUGGACCUCCGCCGCAAAAUCCAAAGCCGCACCUCCCCCUCCGAAACCCAAACCUUCAAGACUGAGCGUCAUGCCRGGAGUGGAAACCGUGACGGCGCYGUAUGAUUACGAGGCCCAGGCAGAGGGAGAUUUGAGCUUCUCCGCCGGCGAGAGGAUUGAGAUUGUGAGUCGGACGGAUAAUGUUAAUGAGUGGUGGAUUGGGAAGAUUGGUGGCAGGCAAGGCCAGUUUCCUGGCAAUUACGUGCAGCUGAGUUCAUAG